CUUGUUCCUUCUUUUCUUCGAUUCUGUGAAUACAGUCAGGGUAUAUCAGAUAACCAAGCCAGAACCUUCAUUUGUGAAAUUCUCUUACCGGUUCCUGGCCCAACAUCACACUAUACCUGAUUGUACUGGAAUAAUAUACCAUGACAGACAAUCCACCAACCAUCGACCCUUCAAGCUUACGAUCGCCGCAACCAUCACAACACGCAGCUUCUCCACUCUAUGGUAAUGACAACCUAAAGUGCGAAUUAACAUGGUCACAACUGAUUCAUGCUGAGAUCAUCGCGGUAACAAGCGCCAUGAGGAAGAACUCACGAUGGUCUGGCAUUAGCGUUAGCGGGUUGCACAUGGGAAGUUUAGGAAUGAGCAUGGGGUUGCGAACGGGACUCACCAGUGGAAAAGACGGCAAUUACCGAAACCAGGAGAGCCCGCUCAUGCAUGGAUUUACCAGCCUACGUUCAUAUUUGACCACUGUUAGAGAUAUUUACGAGAUUGAUGCUAGUAUGCUGCUCAAUCCCUUUCUUGAUGUCAUUCGUUCCGGAAAUACCACCGGUCCCAUAGCAGGAGCGGCAUUGUCUAGUGUAGAGAAGUUUCUUCAAUACGGAAUCAUAGGUCUCAGCAGUCCUAACAUUGCUAUUGCCAUGGGAAACCUGGCUUCUGCUGCAACACACUGUAAAUUUGAAGCCUCAGAUUCUGUCUCUGACGAAGUGGUAUUGCUCAAGAUGCUUCAAGUUCUCCAAAUGGCUCUUAUAUGCCCAUGCGGCUCGGUAUUGAGCGAUGAGGCAGUUUGUGAAAUGAUGGAAACUGGCCUCAGCAUGUGCUGUCAGAUGAGAUUAAGUGAAAUGCUACGCCGCUCAGCUGAACAUGUUAUGAUCAACAUGAUCAUCGCCAUGUUUGAAAGAUUGAAAGUCAUUAAUGAAAUCGAAGAUCUUGAUGCUGAAAAUCCUACCGACGUUCUUCAAACCAUAGAAGAAGUACAAUCCGGACGAUCAGACCCUCAUAUGAACACUCCAAAACCAUCCGUGUCACCUUCGCUACCAGACGCUUACACCGCAUUGGAUGGUAAUACAGCAUCAUCGUCACCUCGAAGCAUUAGCACACCGGCUGCAGAGACUGUUCACACGCCGUCGAAUGAGACGGAUGCAAAUAACGUUUCAGAACCUAACGCAAGGAAUGUUGUCGACGUUGGCUUGAAUGUCACCACCCAAGAAAAUGUAGAGGAUGGAGUGGAAGAAAUUGACAUUAUACCUAUACCAUAUGGACUACCAGCUAUUCGAGAGCUCCUGCGUGUUCUUAUAUCUCUCUUGAACCCUCACGAGCACAAGCAUACAGACUCAAUGAGGUUGAUGGCUCUAAGCAUUUUGAACGUGGCCUUUGAUGUUGGCGGCAAAAGUAUCAGUCGAUUUGAGUCGUUGAGAAAUUUAAUCACGGACGAAUUCUGCAAGUAUCUAUUCCAGCUGGCAAAAACUGACAGCAUUCCCCUUUUGACUUUGACUCUUCGUGUCAUAUCAACUGUGUUCGAUACAAUGCGACCCUAUCUCAAACUGCAGCAAGAGCUUUUCCUCUUCUUUUUGAUUGAGCGACUUACUCGAACCGGCAGUACUAGUACCGGUAUUACUUACAAUGUAGAUGAGGAAGGGAGUGUCAAUUUUGUUUUACCCAACCUCGAUACUACGAGGGAUGGUAGAGACUCUGGAUAUGUUGACGUACGAAGCUCGUCUCCUGGUCUCGGUGGUAGAUCGUCGGAUUCUCGAUCUGUUAAAUCUGGCAAUGAAUCCAGCGCUUACUCUGGCGAAGUCAGAGAGCUAUUAUUGGAAUGUCUCACCCAGUGCGCAAGAAUCCCAACCUUCAUGGUCGACUUAUGGGUCAACUUUGACAGUGACAUCAGCUGUGGCAACUUGUUUGAGGAACUUAUUCACUUUUUAAGCAAGAAUUCAUUCCCGGAGCCCAAUAGCUAUUCAGCAAGUAACUCGCACAUGCUCUGCCUGGAUACUUUGUUAUUAUUCAUUAACCACAUGGUAGAUCGUAUUUCCGAUGAGGAGGAUGAUUUCACGAAUGAUCCAACACAUUUACCACCGUCCGCCUUGCUCGAGCGUAAGGAACAGAAGCAUAUCCUGUUGGAAGGUGCUUCACGAUUCAAUGACAGUCCCAAGAAAGGUAUCAAAUAUCUUAAGGAACAAGGCGUUAUUGUAGAAGAUGAAAAGGGAGACUUCACGGACAGCCUUGCGCAUUUCUUGAUGUCUACUCCUAAACUAAACAAAAAGAGUCUUGGCGAAUACCUUGGUCGUCCUGACAAUGUUCCACUGCUCCAGAGAUUUAUGCGACAGUUUGAUUUCUCAAAUAAACGAGUAGAUGAGGCACUCAGGGUACUCUUAGAAACUUUCCGUUUACCAGGAGAGUCUCAACAAAUCGAUCGUAUCACUGAGACAUUUGCUGAUGCCUUUAUGGAGUCAAAGCCGGCUGAAGUUGCUAAUGCAGAAGCUGCUUAUGUUCUGGCUUUCUCUGUGAUCAUGUUAAAUACUGACCAGCAUAACCGCCAAGUUAGACAUCGGAUGUCUUUCGAUCAAUAUAAGAGUAAUGUCAGAGGUCUCAAUGCCGGCAAGGACUUUGAUAGAGAGUAUUUGCAGUCUAUUUAUGAUGCAAUCCGAAGCGAUGAAAUUGUCAUGCCUGAAGAGCAUGAAGGACAGUUAGGAUUCAACUUUGCUUGGAAGCAACUACUUCAUCACGCGAAGUCUGCUGGCUUGUUUACUGUUUGUGACACUGCUGCUUACGACAAAGAUAUCUUCAUGUUGGCCUGGAAGCCGGCUGUCGCCGCCAUUUCUUAUGCAUUUAACACUGCUCAGGAUGACAUAACACUGCAAAAAGCCAUUACUGGCUUCCAUCAAUGCGCACUUUUGUCCGCGCACUAUCAACUUCACGAUGUGUUUGAUAGCAUUAUCGUCAGUUUAGCCAGCAUGACUGGAUUGGUAGACAUGGAAGAUACUCUGCUUACUGCACCGGAUCCCAUUGUUGAUGUUGCCGGACAGAAAUAUGUCAUCAGCAGGCUAGCUGUUCGAUUUGGACGUAACUAUAAAGGUCAAUUGGCUGCUGUUGUUGCCUUUGCCGUGGCAAGUGAACAUGGUAGUGUUCUUCGCAAAGGGUGGAUAAAGAUACUUCGAAUGAUCAAAAACCUCUUUGUCAACUCUUUAUUGCCAAGCUCCAUGCUCCAAGUUGAAGAUUUCUUACUUGGAACGACCGUUAUACCCCUGAAACCAAAAUCAUCAACUCCACCGAAGCAGCAAGCUCGUAAAGACGCGUCUCUGCUUUCAACUUUGUCUUCUUAUCUACUUUCUCCUUACUCUGGCGAUGAAUCUUACCGAGCUGAUCCCACUGAGGAUGAAGUGGAAAGCACCAUGUGUGCUGUUGAUUGUGUGGUUGCUUGCCGUUUGGAAGAGCUUUUUGCUAACAUUCAAUAUUUGGACAAAGAACCAUUGGAAUACCUUAUGAAAGCUAUUCGAACCAUUGGUUACAAGACUGUUAUUGAUGAAUCCACCACUCCCAUCGUUUACGAUCCUGCCACCGUUUUCUUCUUAGAGCUUAUGAUUAGCAUUACUAUUCAAAACAUUGAGCGCAUGGAUGAGUUAUGGCCAUACAUGUACGGCUAUAUUGCCGGUAUUCUUGAAAAAGCCGAAAAUCAAAGUGUACUGUUACUCGAGAGGACUGUUGUUGGCCUUCUUCGAGUCUGUAUUUGUGUUGCAGAUAAGCCAAGCAUGCAAAAUGAGCUCGAUAAAUGCUUCAAGUUAUUACUCAACCUUCCAAAUACUGUUCUUCAAGCUGUUGGUGAGCAAACCAUGGCUGGCAUCCUCAACCUUCUGAAGCUUAACUCUACUCAGGUGUCAAAGAGCUGGGAGUCCAUACUGGAUCUUGUCCAGGCUACUGUUGGCCACGCAGAUGCAUCAAACUACGGCUUCGAGUCUGCCGUUUACAUACUGUCUGCGGAUAACGGCGCCAAGCUGAACAGUGCUCAGUUUGCAAAACUAGUCAGCAUCUUUGGAACUUUCGCUGCGGUUGCAGCUCCCAUACCUCAAGCAAAGGAAUCACCAAUACGAAAUCGCUCUGCUCCUUCUCAUAAGGUGAAAACUCCACAACUGUCUAUUGAGCGAGGCAAGAAAGCUAUAGAGCAUCUAUUCCAACUUCAUCGCAUCAUACCGCAACUCUCGCAGGAUGUUGCAUCGGAAGAAACUUGGACAACGUACUGGCAGCCUAUCUUGACCACACUCAGCCAGCAAUGCUGUACAGCCUGUCGCGAAGUGCGUCAGCACUCCAUGACGUAUCUGCAACGCACCGUUCUGCUCCCUGACAUAGCACGAGCCGAUGUAGGAGAGGAGGGUGAGCGAGUACCAUGGGUCAAUAUGUUUGAUAACGUGUUGAUACCACUUUUAAGUGAGUUGCUCCGACCGCAAGUUUACGAGCUGGAUCCUUUGGGAACAGACGAAGCCAGAAUGCGAGCAUCCACACUUCUUUGUAAAAUCUUCUUACACUACUGUAGCCGCAUGAUUGAGAUGACGGCUUUCAUCGACAUUUGGAUGGAGAUACUGGAUAUUCUAGAUGGUAGCAUGCAUACCUCGGAAAAUGAUCAUUUGGCCGAAGCAGUUCGAGAAUCGUUGAAGAAUAUGCUGCUUGUCAUGUAUACUUCGGGAGCAUUCACAGUUAUCCCACCUCAUGAUCUACCAGCCGACACUCCGCCAGAAUAUAACCAUCUCUGGGAUAUUACUUGGGAGCGCUUGGAUGGAUUUAUGCCCAACCUUAAGAGUGAAUUGUUUCCUGCUCCUGCCCCAGAACCUCAAGUGAUUGCUAACAACGAAGAGCAACCUCAACCACAAGAGAGUCAACAGGAUAUCCCACCAUCUGAAGACAAUGAUAAUUCAGAUAUUAUAGAUGCAACGUCUACAGUACAAGCUAUUUGAUCAUAAUAAGAAAAAUGGUUUUAUAAAAUGUACAAUACAGAGCAGUCAGCCAUUAUUUAAAAGUUUGCUAAUGGUAUAAGAUGGGAAACAUUAACACUACUUCGGCAGAGGGGGCAUUCCGACUGAGAAGGGA